GAAUCAUAGCUGAUCUGAAUAUCAAGCCUGCAUGGAUUUCCAGAAAUGGCUUGUUUUCCUACACCUUUCUAGCAUCACCCUCUUAGCAGCCGCACAGCCUAAGCUCCGGUACUCGUUAUGCGGCCAAACUGGAAACUACCAACACAACAGCACCUACCGCCACAACCUUAACAUUCUUCUUUCCUCAAUCUCGUCUAAAGUCAACGAACAUGGAUUCUACAACGCUUCCGAAGGCCAAAAUCCCGACAGGACGAGUGUCACUGCCCUGUGCAGAGGCGGCGUCGAGCCCCAAAAAUGUCGCAGUUGUGUUGAUAACGCAGCUAGGAAGAUGGUAAAAGUGUGUCCUAAGGAGAAGGGGGCAUUCGGAGGGUACGAUGAGUGCAUGAUUCGAUACUCGAAUGAAUCCACCGUAGGUUCCUGGUCAAGGUUUCCUCAGUUCUACUUCUACAUUGAUUCGUUGAAUGGAUCAAUAAAUGCCUCGAGCCCGGACCGGUUUAAUGAAGAUUUAAGGAACUUGCUGGAUGGUCUGCGAAACCGUGCUGCAAAUGGCGGCGCUUUUCUGAAGUUUGCAGCCGACAAGACGACCGGACCGGAGUUGCAGACCAUAUAUGCGGCUGUGCAGUGCUCCCCUGAGUUGUCUGCUAAAGAUUGCUCUGAUUGCUUGACUUCUGCUUUCGGAGAUUUGCGUAAAUGUCCCUGCCAUGGCAAGAGAAGGGGCGGAAUAAUAAGGCCAAGCUGCAAUUUGCGCUACGAGAAUUAUAGCUUCUUCGAUUAUAACAAGGUUAUGAUUGAAGCUACACCACCGAUAUCAGGUAACUUUACAAUAAAAUCAAGUGAAUUUUAUAACUCAAUACUUUAUUUUACAGGAGAAAGUAACAAUAAUACAAUUCGAAUUGUUAUUAUUAUUGUUGUUGUUGUUGUAUUUAUCAUCCUUACUAUCUGCAUCAGCAUUAUUGUCUUGAGAAAAAGACAAAAGAGGAAGCAGAAGAAGGAUAAUGAUUCUGUGGAUGAAGUAAGUGUGGUGGAGUUCCUAAAAUACGACUUUGGUACCAUAAAAAAAGCUACAAAUAAUUUCUCGAAUUCUAAUAGAAUUGGACAAGGUGGAUUUGGUCCCGUUUACAAGGGGAAAUUAAAUGGGCAUGACGUAGCGGUGAAAAGGCUUUCUCGUAAUUCGGGACAAGGUGAUCGAGAAUUUAGAAAUGAAGUCAUUUUGGUCGGCCAGCUUCAACAUAGAAAUUUGGUGAGGCUGCUUGGAUUUUGCUUGAACAAAAGAGAAAGGCUUCUUGUAUAUGAAUUUGUUCCCAAUGGCAGUCUUGACUAUUUCUUAUUUGAUCCAGUCAAGAGAGCACUUUUGGACUGGGAUACUCGCUAUAAAAUCAUAAGUGGCAUUUCCAAAGGACUUCUAUAUCUCCAUGAGGAUUCUAACAUUCGUAUCAUUCACCGUGACCUAAAACCCAGCAACGUUCUACUGAAUGCAGAGAUGAACCCAAAAAUCUCAGACUUCGGCAUGGCAAGACUAUUUGACUUAGAUGAAAGCCACUGCAGUACAAGCAGAAUUGUGGGAACUUAUGGAUACAUGGCACCUGAAUAUGCAUUUCACGGCCAAUUUUCAGUUAAAUUUGAUACCUUUAGUUUCGGAGUUUUAGUCCUAGAAAUUAUAAGCGGACAGAAAAGUAACUGUUCCAGAAAUGGGAGAUCUGAACAAGACCUUCUGAGCUAUGCUUGGGCACAGUGGCGGGAAGGGACAACACUGAAUCUGGUAGAUCCCAUUCUGAGAGGAAAUUCAUCAGGUUCAGUGCAAGAAAUGAUGAAAUGCAUACACAUGGCGUUGCUUUGUGUUCAAGAAAACGUUGGAGACAGACCAACAAUGUCCACAGUUGUUCUCAUGCUUACUGGUUCUUCUCUCAGUCUUCCAUUGCCUUCCGCUCCGCCAUUUUUCAUGCAUAGCUCAAUCGCUUCCCAGGUUUCGCCGCAGGUUCGAGAACAGAACUCAAGAAUAAUGUUUGAAUCCAUUAAUGAAGCCUCCAUUGCUGAUGACUUGUCCCCCUGAUCGACGAGCGAGAACAAAUUUUUCAUGUAUUGUUUUGCUUAUUUGAUGUAUGGUUUUGUCUGUGGCCUGUCCUUUCCUCUUAUUCAUGACUACUGGA